CCCCGCCCGCCCCCUCUGCUCCGCCCCGGGGCUGGCGGGGCUCGGCACGGGCUCGCUCCCCGGCGGCAGGGAGCGGGCAGGGGGCACCGCAACUCGGGCGACAUGAAUGUGGAGAACCAAGAUGUGCUGCUGGAUCUGGAGGGGGAGGAGGAGGAGGAGGAGGAAGAUGAUGACAAUGAUGAUGGGGAGAUCGUCUUGGAACUGAACCAGGUGAUUAUUCCCACUUACGGAUCUGUGCCAGACCAGCAAAACCUCCAUACUCCUGAAUGGGUGGAUUAUGAUGAUAAGCCUGACUCCUUGUUCUUCAAAGAUGGGCAGCGAAGAAUUGAUUUUGUUUUGGUGUAUGAAGAUGAAAGUAAAAAAAUGACUCAUAAGAGGAGUGAUCGCAAAAAGCAAAAGAGGAAGAGACAAGUAUAUGAAUCAAACCUGAUAAACAAUGGCUUGCAACUAGAAGCGACGAGGUCGGUUUUGGAUGAGAGACUUAUUUUCGUGAAAGUUCAUGCACCUUGGGAAGUGCUGUGCAUGUACGCCGAGGUUAUGCACAUCAAAUUGCCUCUGCAACACAAUGACUUGAAAACCCGAGACUCAGCUUUCAACUGGUUCAGCAGACUCUUCAGGGUGGAUGAAAAUAUCAUCAAACCUGAGCAAGAGUUCUUCACUGCCCCUUUUCAAAAGGAACAUUUGUCCAACUUUUAUAUCCAAGAUAAAGACACAUUUUUCAAUCCUGCGACUAGAAGCCGAAUUGUUCAUUUUAUUUUGUCCCGUGUGGAAUAUGCAACAAAAAACAAUGUGAAAAAGUUUGGAAUUAACAAAUUACUGGACACUGGAAUCUAUAAAGCAGCAUUUCCCCUUCAUGAUUCRAGUUUUAGGCACCUGUCAACCGAUCCCAACUGCCCAAGUGAACGGUAUCUUCUCUACAGAGAAUGGGCUCAUCCUAAAAACAUUUUCAAACUGCAGCCCCUGGAUUUCAUCAGGAAAUACUAUGGAGAGAAAAUUGGCAUCUACUUUGCUUGGCUGGGCUUUUACACCAAUAUGCUGACUGUGGCUGCGGUUGUAGGAGUUGGCUGUUUUCUGUAUGGAUGCCUGACAAAGGACAACUGCACAUGGAGCCAAGAAGUAUGUGACCCCAACAUAGGAGGUCGUAUCAUAAUGUGUCCUCAGUGUGAUAAAGUAUGUACCUACUGGAACCUCUCCAUCACUUGUGAAUCAUCCAAGAAACUCUGUAUAUUUGAUAGUUUUGGAACAUUGGUGUUUGCAUAAAUGCAGUUUGUAUUUAUGGGAAUAUGGGUUACCUUUUUUUUGGAGUUUUGGAAGCGACGGCAGGCUGAGCUGGAGUAUGAAUGGGACACAGUCGAGUACUUGGAGCAAGAAGAGCAAGUUCGCCCAGAAUAUGAAGCUCGGUGCACUCACGUAGUAAAGAAUGAAAUCACACAGCAAGAAGAACAUGUGCCAUACACUGCGUGUGGGAAGUGUGUACGGAUGACUUUCUGUACAAGUGCCAUCUUCUUCUGGAUCCUUUUGAUUAUUGCUUCAGUUGUUGGAAUCAUUGUCUACAGGCUCUCUGUUUUCCUGGUGUUCUCUGCGAAGUUGUCACAGCACAUCAGUGGAACGGAAACGCUCCGCAAGUACCUGACUCCACAGACGGCCACGUCAGUGACCGCCUCCCUCAUCAGCCUUGUUGUCAUUAUGAUUCUCAACGUCAUCUAUGAAAAAGUGGCCAUCAUGAUCACUGACUUUGAACUUCCAAGGACACAGACCGAUUAUGAAAACAGUCUGACCACAAAGAUGUUUUUAUUCCAGUUUGUCAACUACUAUUCUUCAUGCUUCUACAUAGCCUUCUUUAAGGGUAGAUUUGUAGGUCACCCUGGAAAYCCAGUUUAUUGGCUGGGAAAGUAUCGCAAUGAAGAGUGUGAUCCAGGGGGCUGUCUCCUCGAGCUCACAACCCAGCUUGCCAUCAUAGUAGGAGGUAAAGCUAUCUGGAACAACAUCCAAGAAGUGCUUCUUCCUUUGGUCAAAAAUCUAAUUGGAAGACGGUCUGCAGCUGCCAGAUCAGAAAAAGUUGUUCCACGUUGGGAACAUGACUACCACCUCCAACCCAUUGGAAAACUUGGACUGUUUUAUGAGUAUCUUGAAAUGGUUAUACAGUUUGGCUUUGUGACACUGUUUGUGGCCUCGUUCCCCCUGGCUCCUCUUCUGGCUCUUAUUAACAACAUGUUGGAAAUCCGUCUGGAUGCGUGGAAGYUGACAACGCAAUUCAGGCGCAUGGUUCCACAGAAAGCACAAGACAUCGGCGCCUGGCAGCCCAUCCUGCAGGGCAUAGCCAUCCUUGCUGUGGCCACCAAUGCUAUGAUCAUUGCUUUCACAUCUGACAUGAUUCCUCGUUUGGUUUAUUACUGGUCCUUUUCGGUCCCUCCUUAUGGGAGUCACAGCAGUCACACUAUGAAAGGCUACAUAAACAGCACCCUUUCUGUCUUCAAUAUAUCAGACUUCAAGAAUGCCAGCAAGCCAUUUUCCCCUUUGCUCGGGAGCCAAACGACAUGCAGAUACCGGGACCUCCGCUACCCUCCUGGUCACCAGCAGCAAUACGAGCACAACAUAUACUACUGGCAUGUCAUUGCAGCUAAGCUGGCUUUCAUCAUUGUCAUGGAGCAUGUCAUAUACUUUGUGAAGUUUAUUAUUUCAUAUGCAAUUCCGGAUGUAUCACAAAAGACCAAGAGCAAGGUCAAACGAGAAAAGUACCUCACACAGAAACUCUUACAUGAGAAUAAUCUCAAAGGUGUGAAAAAAAACAUGGGUGAGGUAGCUGCCAAAAUUAUCAAGGGAGCAGAAAGCACUUUCCGAGCUAAAGUUGAAUAAGGACUUUUUCACGUGGAAGAACAGUACUUAGCCAAUCAAGCACUUUGGAUUAAUUUCCUUUACUAAACAUUGUUUCUUGCAAAUCUUAGAUACUCAUUUACCAGUUUUCCUUGGACAAAUGCAACCACUGCAACUCAGAUAAAAGUUACUAUUUUUUUAAACAGCUUUUCAGGACAUUAAAAAAAAAAAAAUAAGAUGAAAAGUAUUUAUCCUCUUAAGAAGAUGCAGAUUAAUUCCCAAACACCUAGGCUGCUUUCUACAUUUUUUGGGCAUCGACUGUUAGAUAACUUGUUUGACAUGAAUAAAAUCUUAAGAACAAGAAUGAUUUGCGGUCAUAAUAUAAUCACAUCUAAUGAAGARGUUUUGAUUGCUUGCUAAUGCAAACCCCAGCUACAAAAUGAAGAGGAAAGGCCAAAAUAUGAAGGAAAAAGAAAGAAAAUACAACUCAAAAUCACGUUGUUAAGCCAUUGGAAUUGGCAGACACGGUUGUUUGCUACUCUGAAUUAUCUAUGCAUACUGAGACUUAAACGGAAAACAAGAUAUUUCAAUUAAUCAUGGACUUGGAUCACAAGAAGCAACAGGACUGUAAGCCCACCCUGUUCAUCAAUCUCUGAGUAAACAGGAGACUUGCCUUUGAAAUCAAUGAAUACAAACUGACCUUACAGUACUCCAAGUGAGCAGAAAACUCAGGCAUUUUAUCUUUCCCCAGUCAAUGUACUUUCAUCUGUUCACUCACCCAUUCUGAGCUAAAUGCUCAUAGCCUUGAAGGUCUCCUACCUGUAAAAGCAGUAAGUGUUAAAAUUCUUUUCACUUUCUAAAUCAAUAUUUGUGGAGGGUUGCCUUUUGCAUUUCUCUCACAUCRGAGCAUGAUCUUCCCUGAGGUUUUGACAUAGGAUGAAUGUGCAGCUGGACAUUUCGACACAGUAUUGUGUGAUAAAGUGAACUCUGACAAGAUUAUGAAUCUAUUGAAACUGGGGUUUUGAAUCAACCAUUUAAUAGGCCUUAACCAUGCUAUGAAGCUUUAAAUAACAAGAAAGGAUGUCAGAGGCAUGUGCUACAGCCAUCAGUCAUCUUCAAACCAGGCUGCAGAUCUGCUUGCUUAUUUUGGCUACAGCUGGAAACAGGAAAUUAGGGAAUUACAGAUUGAACAUGUGUAUGGAGAGCUACUUUGUGCCUGAAUGAUAUUCCAGAUUAUUAACUUGCUUUCUCUUUUAACAGUUUUAAUGGACAAUUUUAUAUAGAUCAUGAAAACCAAAACCUUUUUUCAAAAAAGCAAAAGUAUGCCUGUACUCUACGAACCAGGUGAUUACUUUAUGUUUGUAAUUUUGUACUCUCCUUAAAUGCAAUAGAUAUGCAGAUUUUUUAGGCAGAUAAUUCAUAUAGCUUUUUAUGUAUCAAGUCCAUUUAYAGAAACUAAAUAGCAUUUAGAAGACAGAUUUUAUCCAGUCAGUAAUCARAAAGAAUUAAACAUUUGAAUUUUUACAGCAAAACUUCCAAAUAUUGUCUGUUGUGUAACUCAAGCCUGUCUUUUUAAGCAAACCCUAUGGAACUAUAAGAUCAUUUAGAUUGGAAAGGAUCUUUAAGAUCAUCAAGUCCAACACUGCCAAGUCCCCAACUAAACCAUGUCCCUGAGUGCCACAUCUACAUGUCCUUUAAAUACCACUCUGGRCCCAGCCGUCCAGCCAGUGUUUUACCCUGCAAACAGUGCACUUCUCCAAACCAUGAGCAGCUCAGCACCUGUGGAUCCCACACAGCCCCAGAGAUUUGUGUCUGUCUGAGUGGUGUGGCAGGGCACUGAUCAUUUCCCCUUGGAUUAUGAGGGCUUCAUUCUGCUCCCUACCCKWCUCCCAGCUCAGGAAGCUGGGUACGCAGAGAACAACGGGCUUUACUAUGAAAGAAUGAGGUAAACAAGGCAUUGAGUACCUCAGCCUUUUCCUCAUUCUUUGUUGCUGUGUUUCCCACCACAUUCAGUGAAGGAUGGAGAGUCUCCUUAGCCCUCCUUUUGUUGCUAAUAUGUUUAGAGAAACAUUGUUAUUGCCUUUUACAGCAGUAACUAGAUGAAGUUCUAGUUGGGCUUUGACCCUUCCAAAUGUUUCCCUGCAUAACCUCACAUAGUCCUGCAGAGCUGCCUGGCCCGUCUUCCAAAGGUCAUCAACUCUCCUUUUUCACCUGAGUUCCAGCCAAAGCUCUCUGCUCAGCCAGGCUGUUCUCUUCUUUUGAAUAUUUCCAGGAGUGGAGACUCCACAACCUCUCUGGGCAGCCUGUGCCAGCACUCAAUCACCCUCGCAGUGAAAAAGUGUUUCAGUUUGUGCCUCUGGUCCUGUCACUGCAUAAUAUACCAAACUUCUAGUUAAAACAAGGUUUUGUCCAAAAAAAUGCUUCAAGAAACAAUUUCAGUGAAGUACUCAGAAUUUCCCUGUGCAAAAUGAGUUGGGUUAGAAAGGACAGUCAGCUCCUUUCCURCUUGGAGCUGUUGAUUUUAUCUUUCAACAGGACCUUUCUCAUUUGCAGUUGUGUCCAGAUGAGAGAUGCCAUUUUCAUUCCCUCAUCAGUGAUCACAGCAUCAGUGUGCCUUAAAUACCUUUCCAGGUGCAUUGUUAGAGGGCUGGGGCAGCUAAGGAGGCAUCCUGUGAUAAAGAGAGAAAAAUGCAGCACAAAAUGGACCAUUUCRGGUAAUUAUUUGGUCUUCAAGAGGUAAAGAGACUAGGAAACAAAGGAAUUGUCAUACUGAGUAAGUGAUGGCAGAGUUUAAGGCUGUUUUUCAGGAGUGCUUGGUCUUUUACUCCUUGUYUGAUACCAGUAGACUCUCCAAGCUUUGUGUUUCUUCCUACAUCAGUUGGCACAAUUCCCUAAAAGGGGAGCUAGCCCUCAGUUUGUAUUAUUUUAUAUAAAGAGUUUAUAUUCCUGCCUUUAAAUAACAAUUAAUAACCAUGCUACAUCAGCAAAGCCUGUGUGUCUAUGGCUUAGGCUCCUCCUGUAAUAAAAUCCUAAUCAGCCCUGGGGGUGUUUCUAUGUAACCAUUUUUGUUCAGAUGAUGAAUGUGCUUUUGAAACCGGCCUUCCUCUUGUCUCCAUUUUUCUGGUGGUGCUUCCCGUCACAGACUCCUCUUGGUGCACAUGGACUGAGUUCCUUUUGGUCUAAACUGAGCCACAAGGCAGGUUUUAGAUAUGCCCUUAGUGGUCACUGCCAGGCACUUUGUCUGCAGAGCUGAAACAAGAGCUGGGCUGGAGAGAGCAGUGAGCUCUGCAUGGGAAUCUCCUGGUCAACAUUAACUUUGUGCCCUAGUGAUCUGCUUCUGAAAUGCCAUGCUGCUUGCUAAGGUAGCUGUAACAUUUCUUUUCAGGAGACAUUAUAUCAGGAAUUUGGUUCAGUUUGCCAUGUGCAGUGCCAUUCAGAGCAGAGUUCUGAAUGAAAGAAGAAGGAGACCAACACAGUGCCUAAUAAUUGCAUUUUAAUAGUUUGAUUUAAGCUGUGCAAUCUCCAUUGCCUCUACCUCCAAAUGAUGAAAUGUGCUCUGCUUGUAUGCAGGAAGCUCUGCAGAGGCAUAAGAACAAAAUGCUGGGGGGCAGUUGCUAACAUAUUAGUAUUUGUAAUUUUUWUUUUUUUUAGGCUAGGUUACUUUAAUUAAAGAUCUGCUUGAAGGGAAAAAUAGCAUUUAUUUUGAACUAUGAAUCCAUUUUACUUUUUUUACACUUGAUAUGUAGGCCAGACUCCUACUUUGUACAGAUCAGUUGGAGUCAGAAUUUGGACCAGUGGACCAUUUAAUUGCCUUAACAAGUACCAUAAAUUACAGACUAUCACCACUGUUUAGACUCUGUAUUUGUCAAUUAAAUUCAGAAUGUAAGAGUUUACUUUUUGUAUUUUUUCUAAGAAUGUUUGCUAUUUGUUUCUGAAUAUUAAGAUUUCUUUAUAUUUAUUGUC